AUGUUGUCCAAGAUCCUACUACCCGUCCUUGCACUUGCAGCCAGUGCCGAUGCACAUGGCUACCUCAGUUCACCCAUGAGCCGAACAGGGCUGAAUGCACAGUCUGGGGCUGACACGUGCCCCGAAUGCACAAUCCUGGAGCCGGUAACAGCAUGGCCUGACCUUGACGCCGCAGCCGUCGGCCGCUCGGGUCCUUGCGGGUACAACGCUCGUGUGUCCGUUGACUACAACCAGCCUGGGCCUCGCUGGGGUUCUGAGCCCGUCAUUACCUACAAGGCUGGGGAUGUCGUCGAUGUACAGUGGUGCGUAGAUGCCAACGGUGACCAUGGCGGCAUGUUCACCUACCGCAUCUGCCAAAACCAAGCCAUCGUCGACAAGCUCUUGACCCCUGGAUACCUCCCUACUGAAGCAGAGAAGCAAGCAGCAGAGGAUUGCUUCGAAGCUGGCGAGUUGAAGUGCACAGAUGUCCCUGGACAGACAUGCGGAUUCAACUCUGACUGCCAGCAAGGCCAGGCCUGCUGGAGAAACGACUGGUUCACAUGCGGUGGCUUCAACGACAACCAAAAAUGCAGGAGCGUCGACAACGCCCCCUUGAACUCGUGCUACACCAGCAUCGCAGGCGGCUACACCGUCAGCUCCAAGAUCAAAAUCCCAAACUACACCAGCAAUCACACCCUCCUCUCCUUCAAAUGGAACUCCUUCCAAACCCCCCAGAUCUACCUCACCUGCGCCGACAUCAAGAUCACCGGCUCCGGCUCCGGCACCUCCCCACCCCCAACCUCCAGCAAACCCGCCACCACCACCACCUCCUCCAAGCCCACCUCCACCUCAACUUCCACCUCCACCUCCGCAGCUACCGCCACCGCCUGCGCGACCCCCGCCUCAACAGUCGCCGUAACCUUCAACUCCAAAACCAGCACCACCUUUGGCCAAACCGUCAAACUCGCAGGUUCCAUCUCGCAGCUCGGCAGCUGGAACACUGCAAACGCUCCCGCGCUAUCAGCCGCCCAGUACACGUCGGCGAACCCGUUAUGGACGACCACUAUCAACCUGCCCGCUGGCACGAGCUUCGAGUACAAGUAUAUCAAGGUGGAGAGUAGUGGUGCAGUCACGUAUGAGAGUGGCGCGAAUAGGCAGUUUACCGUGCCCAAGGGGUGUGAGGGGAAGGUUAGUGUUGAGGGGAGUUGGAAGUAG